AUGUCUGAACAAGAACCUUCAUUGAACUAUAAGCUCUCCGUGGACCCUACUCCUAUGCCUAAGGACAUUCCUCAGGUGGAUGAAGUUGGUGCUACUUCAGGUCCAUUGUAUUCUGCUGCUUAUUUUAUUGGAGCUAGAUGUAAGCCUUAUAAUGAUGAUUUUAUCUUGUGUAAAGAAGAAGCUCAAGGUAAGGGUGAAAUUGAUUGCUUGAAGGAAGGUAGAAGAGUGACAAGAUGUGCAUCAUCUGUGAUCAAAGAUAUCAAUGCGCAUUGUGCUGAAAGUUUUAAAUUACAUUAUACAUGUAUGAAUGAACACAAUAUGGAGUAUUUUGAAUGCAGAAAAGCUGAAACAUUAUUGAGAAAAUGUGUAUUUGAUAAUUUGAAAUUAGAUAAACAUAUCCCUGAUGCUGAAGGUGAACAAGUUCAUUUGAAGAAAAAUCCAAUGUAUAAACCAAUUUACACAUAUAUGCCUCAAGAACUUGCUUAUGAAAAGGCUGAAAAGGAAGGGAAAAUUUGA